AGGAUAUAAUUAAUUUAUUGUAUUUUUAGUCAUCGAAUCUAUUUAUUUCGUUGAGAGAGACACACUUAAUAUACCGCAGCUCAUUGAUGACAUUUUCAUCGGGUCGUUAGAAUUAAAUUUUGUUUAGUUAAUCCGGGUUGGUUAAUUAGUUAAUCGCUGAAGUGUAGUAAACGGUAAUGUGAUGAAUGAGUUCGAAAAUGGUAAAUGUAAAACGGCUGUGUCAGACGAAAUCGGAAGAUAUCUGAUCGCUGCAAAAAAUUUGAAACAAGGCGACUUACUACUCUGUGAGCAACCGGUGAUCAUAGGACCAUAUUGGGGUUCGAAAUUAUGUUGCCUAACCUGUUACAAAAGAUCGUCCAAAAUAUGCAAAAAAUGUAAAUUAGCACCGCUUUGCUAUGGCUGCGAUGCUCACGAUGACUUUGAGUGUAACUUUUUGGCAUUGGCACAACUGCCGAAAAAUUUUCUAAUCGACAAUUUCGAUGUUAUCACACCGUUGCGAUGUAUCAUACUCAGUAAGAAUCCAUGUAAAGCUGAAUGUUACAAGCAGGUAAUGCAAAUGGAAUCACAUUGUUCGUUACGUCGCGGAACGAAAAUUUGGGCUCUGCACGAAAGCUGUGUGAUAAAGCCAUUGAUGGACGUGGCUUUGAUAAGGGAGCAAGAGGUGGACCUAGUUCAAAAAUAUUGCGGAAUACUAGACGUAAACACCUUUGAGGUUCGAACCGAAUCAUUUGAGGUAUUCAGUGGGGAGAUACCAAUUCGUGGCCUCUAUCCCACCGCGGCCUUAUUAUCUCACGAUUGCGUUUCUAAUACAUUUAUUGCAUUGGAUUCCACCAAAUCAAUUAGAAUUUACAGUAGCGUUGAUAUUGCUGAAGGAGACCCUAUCUGGAAUAACUAUACGCAUGCGUUGUCGGGCACCGAAGUGCGACGACAACAUUUAAUGGAAGGGAAAUAUUUUCACUGUAAAUGUAGACGAUGUCUCGACCCGACAGAAUUAGGAACGAAUUUAAGUUCGAUCCAAUGCAGUGAUUGUGAGAAUGGCAUGACUAUGUUUCACGAGUCUUUAAACAAAUGGAAAUGCAAUUCGUGCAACAAUGACAAGGACAUUGACGAUUUAAUGUCUUUGGCCAGAUCAGAAAUCUUGGAACAAGAAAUUGGUAGCGUUCCGAUGCUCGAACAACUCAUAGCAAAAUAUUCAAAGCUCCUGAAUCCGAAUCAUUACCUGGUUGUGGAUAUGAAACAAAAACUGACCGCAAUACUACGAAGUUUUUGCGACCAUGAACCGACUCCACAACCGAAAAUUUUGCAACGGAAAAUUAUGCUCUGUGAAGAGAUUUUACCCAUUUUAAGAGUAAUUCAGCCAGGGAUAUCGAGACUGACAGGCAUUGCAUUGUAUGAGUACUUCAACUCUAUGGUUGAGUUGACCAUCUACAAUAUGAAUGAGAAAAACAUUUCGAUCCAGGAAGGAGUGGAUGAACUUGUGCGAGCUGAAACAUUCGCCAAAGAAUCAUUAAAAAUGCUUUUGUACGAACCGAAAUCAACGCCGGAAGGGCAUUUGGCGAAGAGUGCAAUGCUUAAAUUGAAAUCGAUAAGGGAAAAUAUUUGUUUAUUCAGAAAAUUGUAGCCUUUUUGGCAAAUAGCACGGCAGAGUUAAGUGAACCAGGCAGGAGCGCUUGAUUUGACUAGGGACUUGAAUUAUCUAGUAGUCUUUGUGUUGUGCGAAUAAAAAAUGUCAAUUUAUGUCCGUGUUCAUUUGAAUUCAUUUUCAUGCAGUGUAUUAGGUCCCUUAUUUGACGUUUCACAAAUGAACCUUUCCAGCCUGGUUUAUUUUACUCUGCCGUGCAAAUAGAGAACUUUCAGAAGCGCUUCAUUGAAAAUAAAUGACUGCAAUGAGGGAAAGAAAAGUUUUUUUUAAGGAUUUUGCAAGUGUGAAUAAAGUGAAUUGUUAGGAGCCAAAACGACGUGUAUUUG